ACAAACGUUAUUUUGACAGUUUUCAAAAUUUAAAUAAAAUGUCUAAAAAACCACCAAAUGUUACUAAUAAUGCAAACCCUUACUCUGCGAGCUACAGUUCAAAUUCAGAAACUCCAAUGGACGAAAUCAAAUUAAACGUUAGCCAUUCCGAGAAUAAUCUAGAGAACUCAAAGAAUAUCAAAAAGAAAAUACUGAACAAGGUAAAAUCCUGGAGCUCGAAAGACUUGCACCAAAAUAAUUUAGGAAAUUCUGAAACGGAUUCGGCAAAACUAAACCAAUCAGAAGUGAUCGAAUCCAAUGAUUUAAGUAGUAGUUUAGUCAAUGCAAGAGAUAGUCUGGACAAUUUAAUUAAAGCUGAUAAAAUCAUGACGAAAACUAAAACAGAUCCCUGUCUUUUACAUCAAAACAGUCAACGUAUGGCCGAAUCACCGAAAUCUUCACCUCAAUUAAACGAAAAAUGGUGCGCCGGUACUUCUAAAGGGUCGUACUGGAGUCAGUACGAUAAACAGAACAAGAAAAACAGAAAAGAGUCCAAAAAGAAAAAUAUGAUCCUUAAAAACUUCGAAGUACCUAGAAACGAGAGCCACUCCAUGCCUACCGAAGGUAACAGAACCCCAUUCAAGAAAACCAACACGAGUAAAUCAAACGAAGAAGAAAAUGCUUCAUAUAAUGAAGAUGCAUCGAUGAUCGAAGAAGAGCAGACAUAUAAAUACAAAUAUUUUCCGCAAAACAGUAAAUCUGUAGUUUUUACCAACGAAGUUCUGGUCGUGUACUUCAACAAUGAAGACGUGGUUGAAGAAUCAAAAGAACCAUUGAAGAAGGAAGUUGAUCAGCAAGAGAGGAACAAGGAGAUGAGGAGGAUACACCUGAACAAAACACAGGAGAAAUACAAUUUGUGUUUGUUUUGAAUGAUUUACUGUAACGUUUUGUGAAUAUCGUAUAGGUGUGUACGCGUGGCGUUCUCCAAAAAGGAAAAUUAAAUAAUUUACCGCAUUAUGCAACCAACA